CCAGUACGAAAAUGUACGAAAGGGCAGUACCGUUAGCAGCUUCGUACGCCCAUUGUGUGCAGAUCAAUGGGCCGUUGCAGAAUUGGAUUCCAGUUUGCACACCAGGGGAUCCGAUGCUUGUUAAGAUCUGAAGUAAGUAGACAAUGCAAGCUAAACCUUUGUUCUAUAAUCUGUAACCUGGUCUGAUCUUGACCUGCCUACAACUCUUACUCUAAGGCCUACACGAUGCUAGACCCUCGGCAACCUGCAGACGAAUCUGAUCCACAGAUCUACCUAGGGAUGAUAUUCAUUGCUUCUGGUGGGGUGUUACCUAGUUCGAGUGAGACCAUCAACAUGCAGAUUCCACCAAAAUAUAGUGGCCAUCAACAUGCUGGAAGUAGUGGUGGAUAUCGAGAUAGCCAGAAUUUCGCUCCGGUUGCUCGCACUGGUGGGAUGAAUCCAGUAACGAGUACCUAUCAACAACAGAAUCAGACCUCGUAUCCUUUGCAGCACGAUAGACCGAGCAUUAACAGCAAUUAUGGCUCGAACAAGACGAAGACGAAGACGAUGAUCUGCGUCGCGAGUUGUACGCUAUUCGGUAGAUUAAGACAACUAUCCUCGAAAAUCAAAGUCGGUGUAGAGCAGGAGUUCUCUCUAAGUUUUUAAAGGUGGUGGAAGUGAGAUAUCUUCGCAUCACUACCUAGUCCAGCCAGGCGGGAAUAACGUGGAAAGGACGUUGCUACCAGCGACGAAUGGGG